AUGGCAGCCAAUGCAGGAACGCCUGGAGGCAACACUCUGUCGGACCUCCCGCUAGAGGAUCUCAGUCUUUACCAUGCCGUCGAUACAUACCUUUCUUCUGUCCUCAUUUUUUAUGGUCCUGUUGCGACUGCCAAUGCGACCGUGAGCAGUUCGCGCAUCCAGGCGCAUAUCUUUAGCCCCGCGGGGUUUCAGAGUUACAACCGAAUCACAAUAUCACCCGCUGCGCCACUUUAUGCUGCUGUUAACCACCUACCUCGCGAGAGACAAGGUGAUGCAGUUUGCCGAGCCCUUGCUGUCAGCAUGUUGAAAUACUUUGCCGAGUUAUCAGACCCUCUAAAGACUCAUUUGGUGGAUAAGGCGCAGCCGGCGCGACAAGGAAGAGUACCGAAGUUGUUUGAUGAGAUGCAUGCUGCAGAUUUGGCCAACCGUAUGACAAAAGUGGAGGAUUCUAUGGAGAUUGUUCGCGAUAUCCGCAAUUCAUUUCAGGAGCGCAAAGUCCCAUGGACGGACCUCGAUGUUGUGUUGCCAGCAGGCACUAUACAACCACCUCAGAGAAGGGAAAGCGCCGGCUCAGAAAUCGAAGAAGCCCAAAAUAGCCAAUAUGGCCCGUACACGCCUCUAAUAACGGCCUUGGGCGAUCCCAUGUUCCUGCCAACAUCCCGUCUCAAGCGGGCACCCUCACAAUCUACCAACGUCAGCAAGUCGAGAGUUUUCACGCGGGCUCAAAAAGAGUCUGUUCGUCUGACCAUGUGCGAGCUUGUUGAUACCGAGGAGCGAUAUGUGAGCAAAAUUUAUUCGCUUGUCCACGAAGUUGCAGACGAGUUUCGUCAGAAGGCUCAAGGGCGCGGUCCGUCCAGUACCAGUCCCGAUGAAUCCGCUUUGGAGGCCCUGUUCCCACCUUGUUUAAAUGAAAUUCUUGAUGUCAAUCUCGGAUUUUUGGAUGUUAUUCGACAGGUCCUCGACGAGACGGAGAGAGAGGCGCUUGACGAUAUUGGUCAAGAUACCGAGCUUCCUCAUCGAGGUGCGAGCCGGGAUAGUAGGGAUUCCAUUGGCGCUGUUGAAUUUGCGAGGGCAUUGCUUGAUUGGCUCCCUCAGUUUUCGCAGCCAUAUGCCGAAUACAUGCGAGCACACAAUAGCUUUACCCAAACGCUGAACUCGUUUAUGAAAGACAAAACUUCCAGCUUCUCACGACGAAUUUAUGAAACUGGAGAGCAGAGAUUACGGUCCCUUCUGAUGGAGCCUGUCCAGCGACUUCCUCGAUACAGCCUAUUGAUUGAUACCAUGACAGGCAGCUUGCCGUUGGUUCAUCCUGCCGUACGUCCUCUGCUGAAGGCCCGUGAUAUCGUGAAGGACAUUUGUGCCUUAGAAAAUUCUUCCCCGUCAGGCCAUGCCCAAAGUCUCCGGCGCCUGAGAGAGCUUGUCGAUGCGUGGCCGGUGAAACUUUUCCCGGAAGGUCGCUUGAUCACAGCAGUCGAUGUGGAUGAGAUUGGCCCUCCGUAUCAUCUGGAUAGUCAACAGACAACGAGCCCUGGUGCCGGAAUCAUUCUUCUUUACAAAAACUGCCUUGUGUUGCUUGGAAAGCCAACAGAAAGUCGAAGCACAGCGCGUGGUGUGUUGGCGGACAUUGAAAAUGCAGCUUCCACAACCAAUGAUAAUUCCAUGUCUCUGCCUUCCUCUGAACUGAAGGUAACACAAGUUAUGGAUCUGAAUUCUGUCCGCUGCAUGCAGUCAGCAUGUGGCCGGGUUCUUUUCAUUCUGCAAUCCUCAUUUCAGUCAGAUAAGCAUACGAUCGACAGUUCUCAUGAUGUUGUCGCAUUGGAAUUGACUUCAAUGUACGAAGGAAAAGCUAGUCGAUUGAUUGAGGAGAUUACCAAGGCAAAAAUCGAAGGUCGUUUCUCCGAGCAGGAGCGUGAGGGUGGUAAAUGGACAUUGCGUAGUCCUGCUGCUUCCCCUGGGACUACAAGUUUUUUGGCAUGUGUGUGCGAGGAUGGUGAAGGUGGCGCUAUUAAUCAAGCACGGUCGGCACCUAUUCGACUGGUCUUUGAUAAGCCCAAAGGCACAGCCAUGCAAAUGUUAAGAAACACCAGCUUGGAGAUUGUCAUAUCCAUAUCUCCGCCCAAUGGCGACCAGUUCAGAAUGGACGUCGAUUCCGUGGCUGGUGCACCAUCCACGGAUUUGGUUUCAGUGGAUACGUUUGUUGCAACUCUUUCUAAGCGGUUGCAAAACCUCACUUUGCCGUUAAACAGUCCUCAAAACCCAAGAGUUAUGCCUGCAUUGGUCCGGUCAAACUUUGAAAUACUUCGAUACAUUGCAGGCAGCUUGAUAACCCAAGUCAAGUCUUCUCGGGGCUUUCGGCCACCUUCCCCAACCAAGCUGUUAUCAAAUCUGCUAGGAGGUAGUCGAGAGAAUAUUCCUACUGUUAAGCACCCAAAUCCAGCAAAUCUGCUUGGCGAAUUCCCGAAAAUGCCUCCUCCAAGAGGUACCUUAUCCAGAUCCAAUACUCUGCCAUCCCAAUUUCCUGGGAAAGAGAAAGAGAAGGAGAAGGAAAAGGAUAAAGACAAAUCGGAAACUCCCAGCAAGAUAUCUGUUGUUGGAACUCCUGGUGCGCAGGGCCCUGAUGGACACCUUGGAUCCUUAGAGCAAACCUUUGCAGCCUAUGUGCUUUCCUUACAGUCUAGAAGUGGGAACAUUCUAGGACGCAUGCUUCGUGCUAGAGACACUGCCGACCGUGCUCCAGUAAAUGAACUUUACAAUAUCCUCCUCGAAGAUCCCUGCAGGCUGCAAGCUGCAGCAGAAGUCCCGGUCGACACUUUGUUUGUUGCUUUUGAGACAUUCAUGAAAAACGCGUGGAAGGGCGGCAUGGGCCCUGUCCUGGACAAGCCCUCGCUGCGGAAGCUCCAGAGCCAGUUUGAUACCAUGUUUCCACGUGAUUUUGAUGAGCAAUUUCGGAUGUUUUUGGCAGAUACCAGCCCACAGAACCGACGUGCACUAGCUGCGAUCAUCCGUCUACUUGCUGAGCUCCUAGAUGCGUCUGGUAAUGAUGGGGAUCGGGGUGCUUUAACUAUGGCAUUUGCCGAGGUUCUCGUUGAAGAUGGUGAUCCCGUGCAUCACGUCUCACUAUUAGACCGGCUAGUGGAAGACUUUGACAGUCUCUUUGAGGAAUUCAUCCCUGGUGGUAUCUCAAUCGAAGGAACAUUUACUUCUGACCAGACAAAGUUGUCACAAAAUAACACUGGAUCCGUGGGCUCCAAUAGUUCUUCAUUCAGAAAACGCUUUGGCUUCAGUCUUCAUAAGGAAAGUCAGAAGAUUGAGGGUGAAAGUAAGGUUGCAUCAAUCUUACGAACGCUGAGCAAGAGACAAAGUCCCGCAGACUCAGAGCCUAAUACGCCCAAGGGAUCUCUGCUUCGAUCCAAGUCGACAGAUGUGGAUGCUCGUUUGGGCUUACUGCGACCCGUCUCUCGGGAUCGUCCCUUGGGAUUUUCGUCAGAGGAGCACAUAUCGAGACCAGGAACCGGUCAUGGACAGCCCCCGUCUCUGUCAUCCAUCCGUGGAAUCUCGCAUGAUGGCGUGGUGAAGGUUCGCCGAAAGAGAAGGAGCUCAUUAUCAGACCUGCGGCCCCCGACUGCUUCCUCUGAGGCGUCCACUGCUUCUUCUACGUAUCAGCUGCGCCCAGUUACCCCAAGCGGUCGCUCACGCGGCGAUCCAACCACACCGAACAGUCAAACAAGGCCGCAGAGUAGUUACCUUGCAUCGUCACCUGUCAGGGAACAUCGCCAGCAAAGGAUAACUCUCCAGCUCGUCUCGGAUCGCCUAUUCGACGAAUAUCACCUGCGCGUCCUUCUACUCCGAGUAGAAAAGAGAACAUCAAUCCCAGGAUGCCUCAGUCAGAACGGGCAUCUAAAUCUCAGCGUGACAUUCCGGACUCGCCAACCCAGGAAACUAAGAGACGAUCCCGCGCCACCAGCAUUCCCCAACGGCCAACGGGAUUACGAGAAAGAUCCACUGUCAACACGGAAACAAGGCGCCCCCAAUCUGCAUCUUCAUCUCAGAGAACCCAGAAAUUACGGAUGCAAACUUCGUGAUCGUGUCCAGACUGAGAAGAGAGCCCAGGCUAUGUCACAAAUUGGACUGCGAGACGAGCUGACUGCUCUGGGUGAUGAGCUCCACUCAUUGAAACUAACACCGACCAACACGGAACCACCUGCAGAAUUGGCAGAGGCUUGGUUAUCAGGUAGAGCCGCAUCUUUGGAGGGUCGGUUCCGGAAGUUCGAAGAACGAUUUGACCAGGUUACUGGUGAAUACAAUGGACGCACCUCUGCGCUAGAGAAAGAUGUAGAGGCAUCUCUCGUAGUCAGUGAGAAGCGAGUCAAAAAACUGGACGAAUUGUAUCGAGAGGCUAGCGCCGAGAAUGAGGCUCUUUACGAUCGGUUCAACUCGGAGCUCAGCAAAUUUUCCAAAGACAUGCGGGCAGGCAGUGUAGAGGAAUCUCUGCAAGCGCAAUUGACCAAUGCCCUCGAAGAGAUUGGCCGCCUCAAGAAAGAAAAUUUCCGACUCAAGCGAGAGGUUGGAGGUCUUCGAGCCCAACAAGCUGCCGUUGCUCUUUUAAGAGCCAGUGAUCAAUAA